AUGAUUCUAAUAGAUGAUAUUAAAUAUGCUUGUAUGGAAUGUGUUAGAGGCCACAGAUCGUCAUCUUGCAAGCACCACGAACGGCCACUACUACAAGUUCGCUCCAAGGGAAGACCAGGAGUUUAUGCCAAUGGAAACCCCAACCACCGUGUGGCUAUAUUUGCAGAAGAAAUAGCAAAAUCUAAUCUGUCUUCAACAACGAGCACAAAGAAGUGUAAAUCUGAACCAAUAAUAGUCCUAAAGGCAUCUUCCAAACAAGUUAUAGAUUGCAGUAGUGGGGUGAUCAUUGGACCCUACGAUGAGACAAAAACACAACCCAGCACUGUUGAAAGAAAUACGCCACUGCCGCCCAUCAUAAGUUCCGAAAGUUUUAUCAAUGUAUCUGCGUGUUGUACGCCUAAAAUAUCGAAAGGAAAAUCAUGCGGAUGUUGCAACAACAAGAGAAAAGCGGUCAACAAAUCCAAAAUAUUACAAAAUUACAUCAAGAGCAGAUUGAACCACAAAAUAAACGAUAAAGAGACAUUAGUAUUUGUGAAUAAGUCCAAGACCACAAGUAAACUGCAAAAAGAGGACCAUCAAAUAUACGGGGUGGUGCCUGUACCUUCUUGUUCUAUUCCUGGAACCUGUUGUUGCGAUGACGCCUGUUCAUGUCCAGGAUGUAUGGUUCAUGGAAAUAGCAAAUAUAAAUUACUGUUUCCAUCCCUGAAACAACCAGUAACCGAGACUGUCAAUCAUGCUGCCAACCCAUUUGAAAAUGAGGAGAAAGUUAUAUUUAAUUCUUUGCCACAAACAGAUAAAUCUGAUUUGUUUUUCAAUACUGGCCCCAAUAUUCCUCAAACAGACACGUCUAAUGAAUGUUCAUGUCCUCCGAAUGCGUGUGAUUGUACCAAUUGUGAGACACAUGGAAUAUUAAACGGAUUCCGAUUGGACGAUUAUUUUAAGGAUCAAGGUAAAUUGAUGAACAUUCUAGAUUUCAAUUUUUCUGAGUUGUUAGGUUCCACCCCUGACCAGCCAAUCCCAACAGAGUUUAUGCAACCAACACCAGAAAAUGCGUUUUUAACUUCUUUACCACUAGAAAAUAGUUUCAUUCAAAGUCAAACUAAAGAGUUGAGCACACAACCACCGAUGCUACCCUUAGAUGCACAUAUUCUGUGCAAUGAACUAGAACAAUUGGAAACUGAGCAACUAUGUGAAAAGAAACAGACAAAAUGGGACAACCACCGAGAUACGCUAGAAGAUGUAUCCUACACUAGAGUAAGUUCAUGUUGCUCAAAAAAGACCAACUAA